GCGAGACGUGAAGCGGAACCGUGGCUCUAAAGACACAGAGACAGACUGGGUCAUGUUGUGGGGCUGACUGGGAUGGACGCUAUCGCACCACGGUGGAGCUGGAUAUCAGCGUGCUGCGGUCUCGAUGCUUCCUACCAAGGUCGAUAGUCGUGGAGUAGUGGACUGAGACAGCCAGUAAUGGCUCAUGGACAGAGGCCAGGUACAAUUUCCAAAAUUUUGGCUCCAGGCCCUCUGCCGUGUCCUCGUCCAGGCCUCCCGAAAAAGAGCCAAGAGGAGCGCAGAGGUGAAGAGACGGAGUUGUCUGCACAACCGCUUUCGACUUUGAAGAACGAUAACAAUGACCAGCGGACUUCUUCAGUUCCUGCCAAUCUCUAUUACAUGAGUUGUGACCCGAGUCCUGAGGACAUGGAGGACACCUGUUCUGAGUACGACAACAUGGGCUCUGAUGUUGAGCAAGACUACGACGAGGUGCUGCAUUUAAAUCGAGAGGGUGUCAUGGACAUGAGGUAUUACAAGCAGUACUGUCCCGAGGAAGGAGCAUUUAAAAAGGUCGCUGAUGCCAGUAAUUUAAAUGAGAGCAUCGGUACCGCUGAGCCGGAACCACAUCACAGCACAGAUAUGUGUGAGGGGACACAACCAGAGGCUAUAACCCACAAAGCAAGCUAUCGGUUAAGAUCCCAUCACUCCAAUAGAGCACAGGGGCAAAGAGAAAGUGGCCAAGAGAACAAGUUCUUCUUUAGCGAUGGGGAAGAGGUGGAAGUGCUUGAUGGGGUUAAGUUUAUAGAGGAUUUAGAGGAGGCUGAAAAUUGUGAAAGACCAGUAAGAAUCUGUAAAGUUGAAGACAAUGAUAGAACUAAAAAGGUGGUUGAGGCAGUGAAAAGACCAGAAGAGCUAAUCAAAAGGAACUAUAAUACACCAGUGGGCAAUAAAAAGCCUGAGCCGUCCUACAAUGGUGCGAGAGAGAAGGAGAGGCAAAGCAGAGGACGAGGACGGAAAGCAGCUGGACAGGACGCUCAACCUGUUGCCUCUGUAGUCAAAGCGUCUGCUGCUAACAAAAACGGACAACGUCCAAAGAUGCCAUCAAAGGAAAAUAAGAAGGCCUCGGUCAGAUCAAAGGCCAAAUGUCUGACCGCAAAGCAAACGCCUCCAUCUCACCUUCAAUCCCCGACUCAGAUCCCAGCCGCCACAGAGAAGGUUCAGCCUUGCAGGGAUCCUCCACCCAGGACCAAUCCGCCAGCGAAAGAGAGUAGGACCCACAGUAUCGAGACACCCCCAUUGUCUCCCCACGUAACAGACCAUCAGAGUGACCCUUCGGAAGAGAGGCAGAGUCGACCAGAAAAGGCUCAGCUGUUACAGCAAAGUGGGAAGCCCAAUGAGUCACCUCAUGAGCAAGAGAUACCAACAAGGCCUGAAUAUCCAGCUGCCACCCCUGAAGCUGAAGCCAGCAGGACCAGGAUUGAGAAGCCCAGAAUAGCACCAGUACCAAAUCAACAAGACGCGCCUGAAUGUAGAGAACUUCAUUCUCAGAAAGACACCGUUAUGCCAGAGCGUGAGAAGCCCAGGACGACAGUGAUGCUGGAGGAACCAGAUGCAACAAGGAGGCCUGUAUCUGCUGAACUGACCCCCGAGGAGGAGUCGAACACACCUGGGAAAUCCCAGGAAGCUGCUUCAUUUCCCAGCUUUGAGGACGUUCCAGGUCCUUGUGAGCCAGAGGAUCUCAUCGAUGGCAUCAUAUUUGCCGCUAACUAUCUUGGUUGCACCCAAGUCUUGUCAGACAAGAAUCCAACGAAGACGGUUCGCAUGACGCAAGCUCAUGAAGCUGUCAGUCAAAUCAAGGGUCAAGAUGAGGACUCCCAGAUGGUGACAGAAGUGGACCUGUUCAUCUCUACCAAGGCAGUCAAAGUGCUCAACGCUGACACGCAGGAAACCAUGAUGGACAGCGCUUUGCGAACCAUCUCCUACAUUGCUGACAUCGGCAGUAUUGUGGUCCUCAUGGCACGCAGACGCAUGUCUCAGACGUCAUCAGAGGAUUUCUGUGAAUCUCCAGAUUCAGCCAGUGAGGGGAGCAGUCAGUGUCGGAUGAUCUGCUAUGUGUUCGAGUCCGAGGACGCUCAGCUCAUUGCACAGUCCAUUGGUCAGGCUUUCAGCGUGGCCUACAGAGAGUUCCUAAGAGCCAAUGGGAUCAACCCCACUGAUCUUAGCCAGAAACAAUACAGUGACAUCAUCAACUCCCAGGAAAUGUAUCAUGAUGACCUGGUCCAUUUCUCAAACUCAGACAACUGUAAAGAGCUUUACGUGGAGAAGCAGAAAGGUGAGAACCUGGGGGUGGUCAUUGUGGAAUCAGGUUGGGGCUCCAUUCUCCCCACAGUUAUCCUCGCCUGCAUGCUGAACAGUGGACCUGCAGCUCGCUCUGGCAAGCUCAGUGUCGGGGAUCAGAUCAUGUCCAUCAAUGAUACCAGUCUUGUGGGGCUGCCUCUAGCUACCUGCCAGGGCAUCAUAAAGGGUUUGAAGAAUCAGGUGAAAAUAAAACUGAGCAUCGUAAGCUGCCCUCCAGUCACCACUGUUCUUAUCAAGCGGCCCGACCUCAAAUUCCAGCUCGGCUUCAGCGUUCAGAACGGCAUCAUCUGCAGUCUCAUGAGAGGCGGGAUCGCUGAGAGGGGCGGCGUCCGUGUCGGACACAGGAUUAUUGAAAUUAAUGGCCAGAGUGUUGUCGCGAUGCCUCAUGAGAAGAUCGUCCAAACGUUGUCAGUAUCAGUUGGUGAGAUCAACAUGAAGACGAUGCCUGCUGUGAUGUUCAGACUCCUGACAGGACAAGAAACGCCCGCAUACAUUUGAGGACCCUGCAUGGCUCAGCCCCACUCUGCAUGUCCAGCUGGGUGGGGUAAAGCAGCAUGGACAUGGAUCCGUGGGAGAAAGAGAUUUUAUUUUUCUAUCAUGUUUAUUUUGGCCUCUCGUUGCAAAGCUGUUAAGAACAUCCAGUUCUCAUUUUCUCUUGAAUCACAUCAUCGUAAUGGCCUUACAAUGUCUGUCUCUAGUGAUCUGUGUGAGACUAUGUUGUUUAGAGAAGCAUCAUCAAGGUCACAAUAAUUUUCUUAUGAAGAGAUAAAUUAGACAUUUAUAUUUUGAUUUGUUGUUUUUUUUCUUUCAUUUUUGUAGCUUAUAUGGGUUUUUAAAUUGUCUGAUUACUUGGACGACUCAAGGAUUUGUGUAGAAGGGCCAUAUUACUCCUCCUGUAUAUGCAUGUUAUGAGGAUUUAUCAACGAGGAAUUAACUUUCAUCCUGAUGGUAAAAAUGGCGCCGUAAAAGAAGACAACCUGCUGUAUAAAGGCGAAUAAUGUGUGACGCUGACGGCCAAAGACACACCUAUAAAAACGUGCAGUAUAUUUGGGAUCAUAACCUUUACAAGAGUGCACAAGAAUGUAACAGCAUACACAUUACUGAGUGAAUGUAAUGUCAAACAAAUAAUACAAUA